CUCACGGAAGAAGAGCAGGUGGGGAAGAGCCGACAGCGGGUGAUUCCGCGAGCGCACCGGCGGUGAUCCAGAACACGCGGUCCGCAAAUCACGUGUGUUGUGGCACAACCGCCUAAACACCGCCUCCUCGUGCAGCGGCGCAUCGCAAGCCUCCUCGAAAAUCCCCUCGUCACCCCUCGACUCUAAUUAUUUGCUUUGUUUACUUUGAGCACUCGUCGCGUCCUUUCUCCCCCCGCGCCUCUCCUUCUCGAGCAAUGGACACCGACCCGAAGCAGCCUACAGAUGCCCCUCUGGAGCAGGACCCUGCCUCCGAGCAGCAGUCACCCGCCCCUGCCGCCGCCGGCCAGACGCCCGUGCCGGACCCGCAAUCGACGCCCGCCGACACCGGGGCCUCCUCCGCAGCAAUGUCGGCCACCUCCUCCGCAUCCCAACCGCCAGCACCCGCGGUUCCCACCCCUGAGCCUGCCGCGUCUGCUGCUGCUGCUGCUGAAGAUGAGCCGGCCGCUGAUUCCACCGCAGAGGCUUCUGCCACACCCGCCCCCGCAGGGGAAGCUGCCCCUGCUGCCACGACAACAGAGACGCCUGCCGAGUCAGCCAGCGCCGAUGCGCCAGCGGCCGCAGAGGAGAAAGUAGAGGAAGAAAAAGAACAGCCUGAGCCGGCACCUGCCGAGACAUCGAUCGACACAGAGAUCCCAGAUGCGCCUCUUGCCGAGCCAAAACCCGAGCCGGCGACGGAAGAGACGACGACGACAGCAGCAGCGCCCGAGGCCGCGGCGACGGAGAAGCCGGCGGAGGAAGAAUCCAGUGCGAUGGAGGUUGAUGCACCGGAGGAGCAGCCUGCUGAGCCGGUUGCGGCGGUAGCGGAGGCGGAGGCUCCUGCUGCCACGGAAGAAGAAUCAAAGCCUACCGUUACAGAGACUGGCACGCCAGCGGAUAUUGAUGACGGGGUGAAGGUCACGACUGAAGACGCGAGCGUGCAGAAGCGAACGCUCGAGGCUGAGGCCAAGUCGUUCCUUGUCGAGCAGACGUACUCGGUCGUGAUCCCGUCGUACGCGGCGUGGUUCGACAUGAACAAGAUCAACGACAUUGAGCGCAAAGCGUUGCCCGAGUUUUUCAACAACAGAAAUCGAUCAAAGACGCCGACCGUGUACCGCGACUACAGAGAUUUCAUGAUCAACACUUAUCGGUUGAACCCGACUGAGUAUCUGACAGUGACUGCGUGCCGACGUAAUUUGGCGGGUGAUGUGUGUGCGAUUAUGCGAGUACACGCGUUUUUGGAGCAGUGGGGAUUGAUCAAUUAUCAGAUUGAUCCAGAGACACGGCCGUCAGUGAUUGCGCCGCCGUUCACAGGCCACUUCCGAGUGAUUGCCGACACGCCUCGCGGUUUGCAACCGUUCCACCCCGGCCACGGCGCGACGGUGUCAGGAGGACAACCUCAUUCGUCUACCGAGCGCGGGAUUGCCGCGCCGCCGAUCAAGCCGGACCUGAAUCUCGAGAUCCGCAAGACGUUUUACGAAAGCUCUGCGGCGACGUCGCUGUCUUCGGACACGCCGAACGGCAACACGCGCAAGACGUACAACUGCUUCACGUGCGGGAAUGAUUGCACGCGGGUGCGGUAUCACUCGAUGAAGAACAAGCAGUACGAUUUGUGCGCAAACUGCUUUCUCGAGAACCGGUUCCCGUCUACGUCGCAAACUUCUGACUUUGUCAAGUUCGAGGACACGGGAUACCUUUCAGCGGACCGGGACCGCGAGUGGUCGGACCAGGAGACGCUACUGCUGCUGGAGGCGAUGGAGCUGUAUGAUGACGACUGGAACGCGAUUGCGGACCAUGUGGGCAGUCGUACGCGGGAGCAGUGCGUGCUGAAGUUUUUGCAGUUGCCGAUCGAGGACCCGUAUUUGGAGUCGAAGCCGGCGGAGCUGGGACCGCUGCAGUAUAACCACAUACCGCUGUCGCAGGCGGAUAAUCCGGUGAUGUCGGUUGUGGCGUUUUUGGCGAGUAUAGUUGAUCCGAAGGUUGCAGCGGCGGCGGCGCAGAGCGCGCUUCCGGAGAUGACGAAGGCGAUACAGAAGCAGUUGGAGAAGCCUAGCGAGGAGACGAAGGAGGGAACGAAUGGGACUGAGAAGACUGCGGAGGCGGAGGAUGAGAAUGAGAAUGAGAAGGAGUCUGCAGGAGGUGCGAAAGAAGAGAGUGAAGAAAAAGAAGGAACGGUGAAGAAAGCGGCGUCGAUUGCGCUCGGCGUUGCGGCGGCGCGGUCUCAUUUGCUAGCGACGGACGAAGAGCGGGAGAUGGCGCGGCUGGUGAACUCGCUGGUGAACAUGCAAUCGCGCAAGCUCGAGCUGAAGCUGGCCAAGUUCACGGAGCUCGAGCAGGUGCUGGAGGCGGAGAAGCGCGAGAUCGAGCAGGCGCGGCAGCAGCUGUACAGCGACCGGCUCGCGUUCCAGAAGGAGAUGACGGCGCAGCGGAAGAUGCUUGCGGAGCAGGGCGCGGCAUUGCAGGCCGCGCAGGCCGCGCUUGCGCAGCAGCAGCAUCUUGCGCAGCAGCAUCAGCAUCAGCCGACGACGGUAGCGGGGGGCGGCGAUGUUGUGGAUGGCGGGGCGUCGUUUUCCGACAGUCUUUUCAGCGCGCAGGUUCCGGAUCCGGAUGCGAUGGAGAUUGGAUUAUAGGGGGUGUAAGGAGGAGUAAUGUAUUGAUAAGCAGAGGAGAGUGUUUUGUUGUGUUUUAGUUACAAGUAUGUGCUUUAUAUGUUUUUAGUUGUGUGUAAAAUACAAUGUUUGUAAGUGCUUAGAUAAGAGGCGUUACAUAAGAAAUUAAUAAAAACGCGAGAAAUUGAAUAAGGUUUAAUGGCAAGUCGCGUCGUAUUUCCGCAUUUGGGAGGAAGGUAGGUAGAGGAGGACGCGCGAGGGAGGAAGGAGGAGGGGGAGGGAGGGGGACGCGUUUGAGGGCGGAGGAGGGAGAGAGAGGAGGUAAUUGAGUUGAUGAGGUGGUAUUUGAGAGGAGAGGAGGGAGGAGGAGGAGGAGGAGGAAGGAUUGAUAGGGAAGAAGGAAGAGGGCGCGGGAGGAGAGGGUUUAGUUUAGGUUU